CCCGCGUGCAUUUCUUAGGCAGAAUCAUAACUCCGCGGAGAGGAGCCACGACACAUCUCAGAAGCUUCAAAGACGGCACGUCCAGCACGCGGCGAACGAGGAGGACCACAUGGAGAAAUCCAAAAACUUUCGUAUCGAUGCGCUGCUAGCUGUGGACCCGCCAAAAGUGCAGACCUCUCCACUCGCGCUGGUGACUUCAUUGUCCAGUUCCUCCAUAUCAUCCUCCGGAAGCAUCCCGGCGUCAGACUUGAACCCAAGCACUGAACUGCGAACUGAGACCCCAUCUCCGCCAAGGAUAACGUCGUGCGGCCUGAUCCCCAAGCCUGGCUUCCUGAGCUCACACUCGGGCAUGGUCGGAUUACAUCCGCAGAGCAGCGGCAGCGUGCCCGCGCAGGCGGUCUACGGCCACCCUAUGUACACCUACCCCGCGGCAGCCCUAGCACAGCACCCAUCGCUGUCUUACUCCUACCCCCACGGCGCGCACCACCACCCCGGAGACUCGCUCAAACUCACAGCCAGCACCUUUCAGCUCGACCACUGGCUCAGGGUAUCAACAGCGGGCAUGAUGCUCCCUAAAAUACAAGAUUUCAACACUCAGGCGCAGUCAGGUCUCCUCGGUAAAUGCCGGAGACCGAGGACAGCGUUCACGAGCCAGCAGCUCCUGGAACUGGAGCAUCAGUUUAAACUGAAUAAGUAUCUCUCGCGACCCAAGCGCUUCGAGGUCGCCACGUCGUUAAUGCUGACGGAGACGCAGGUAAAAAUUUGGUUUCAAAAUAGACGCAUGAAAUGGAAGCGCAGCAAGAAAGCGAAGGAGCAAGAAGCCGAGAAGCAGAAACCCUCCAAAGGGCAGGACCACAGCGACGGGAUCGAGCAGGCGGGUUAUCCAAAGGUAGAGUCAGUCAAAAGCAGCAGAAUACGGGACUUUGGGGACAGCGACGACGAGGGCGACAGUUACGCGUACAAUUCAUCCGACUGUUCUUCGGAGGACGAACGCGCGCAUAACGGCGUGAGCCCGCAGCCCUGAGGCGGGUCCUCCUGUACAUAUAGCCUUAUAAGCUGGACAUGUGCAUCUCUUUAGGGAAAUUAACUUUUGACAAACACGAACGUGCAUGUUUUCACACUCGGCAGUAAAUCCUGCUUUCUGGGGCAAACGGCAGAUUCAGGAAACAGUUCAGAGACUAAGGCUAAGUUGUAAUGUGAAUGGACUCCGUUCAAAAUACCAUUUUAGGACCUAUAUUUUAUUUUUUAUUUUUUGCUUAAUAUAGUCUAGCCUGUAUCAUGAAAAUAGCCUGCGAAAACUGUUAUAAAGCAUGUAUUAUUAAAAUGGCGUCAAAUAGAGCAAAUCAUUUUAUUGGUAUCAAGCCAAUGACAUGGUUUCAAAAGUUAAUAAUAAUAAUUCGCCGUUUAGCCUUAUAGUCUUUGACAUGUCGCCCCUUCGUUUUAUAGUCGGUAACCACUUUGUUCUACAAUUAAUUUCUGAAACUCGAUGUUGUGUCCUUGUGUCCAAAAUGUUUACGUGUGGAAAUGUGUUUAUUUUUAUAUAAUGUAUUUAUAAAAUGGCUUUACAAUUGCAUGUAGGCUAAAUUGUUUAUCUUUAUGACGAAGACGCUAAUAAAUUGUUUUUUUAUGUUUAG